CGCCUGGAUUUGAGGAUCCUUUUGAAAGGCGCUCACCGCGUGAUCUGGCAGCCUGUUUCUGAAUGAUGAUAUUCAGACCAAAAAAAAACACAAAAAACAGGAACCGUGUGGAUAACUGACCGAGAGGGCCACCUCUAACGAAGAAAAAUAACAUCUGAGUGCAUCUGCUGAUGGCUUGAGUUCUCGCAGCUUUUUAUUUUACAAUCUAUUUAUUUUCCUCCAUAUGAGGCACUUUGCAGAUCCCCCCCCCCCCAGUAAUUCAUAGCUGAGUCGGAGGCGGUUGUCCUGAUGAAGUGUCGGCAGAGGGAGGAGGAAACCAGCAGAGAGAGGAAGGAAACGAGGAUAACGUCACGAGAAGCAGAAUCGGAGUAAAACGGAGUGAAUAGUGUUUAAUGGACAGUCCUUGAUGCGGGCCGGGAGACCGAGCUGUGGCGAAGUGUGUUUGUUUACGUCGCACUGGACAAAUAUGUUUUUGUUGACUUGUUGGGCGUGAAAAAAAGAAAUAAAAAGGAAAGCGUUUUUCGGAGAGGAAGCAGCAGCAGCAGCAGCAGCAGCAGCAAGAUUUCAUCUUUUUUCAGGAGGCUCCACUAACGCAGAGCAAUGGAAAUGUGUGUAGCCCUCCUCCUCCUCCGUUUGCCUGUUUGCUGAAGGAUUUUUUGGAAGCAGCCUAAUCGUGACACACGCAGCUUUAAGUGGAUCUCUUCAGCGUCUCUGUGGUGGUUUUUUUCCCCCCCUUUAUUUUUUAAUGCGUGAAAAAGACACAUAGCUCAAUCCUCCGCGGGGAUUUUGGAGACGUUGCUUUCAGUUUUGUGUUUUUUUACGACAGCAGAGAAGGAAAAAAAAGAAAAAGGCAAGCAAAAUCAUCGGGAGAAUUAACAGGUGACUGCUUGGACAAAUCCAAAAUGAGUGAGCUGGAGCAGCUUCGUCAGGAGGCAGAGCAGCUUAGGAACCAGAUAAGAGAUGCCAGGAAAGCAUGUGGGGAUUCAACCCUGACACAGAUAACUGCUGGUCUGGAUCCUGUGGGGAGGAUUCAGAUGAGGACGAGACGCACCCUCCGGGGCCACCUUGCUAAGAUCUAUGCCAUGCACUGGGGUACAGACUCAAGGCUCCUGGUUAGUGCCUCUCAAGAUGGAAAACUGAUCGUCUGGGACAGCUACACUACUAACAAGAUCCACGCCAUCCCCCUGCGCUCCUCCUGGGUGAUGACCUGCGCGUACGCUCCUUCUGGGAACUACGUCGCCUGCGGAGGCCUCGACAAUAUCUGCUCCAUCUACUGCUUGAAGACUCGCGAGGGCAACGUUAGGGUCAGCAGGGAACUACCUGGCCAUACAGGUUACCUGUCAUGUUGCCGUUUCAUUGAUGACAAUCAAAUCAUCACAAGUUCAGGAGACACCACAUGUGCACUGUGGGACAUCGAGACGAGUCAGCAGACCACAGUUUUCUCGGGCCACAGCGGCGACGUCAUGAGUCUGUCCCUGUCACCCGACCUCCGCACUUUUGUGUCGGGGGCCUGUGACGCCUCGGUCAAACUGUGGGACAUCAGAGACAGCAUGUGCCGGCAGACCUUCACAGGCCACGAGUCGGACAUCAACGCCAUCUGUUUCUUUCCCAACGGCAGCGCCUUCGCCACAGGCUCCGACGACGCCACCUGCAGGCUGUUUGACCUGCGUGCAGACCAGGAGCUCAGCCUCUACUGCCAUGACAACAUCAUCUGUGGCAUCACCUCCGUGGCUUUCUCACGCUCUGGCCGCUUGCUGCUGGCUGGCUACGAUGACUUUAACUGCAACAUCUGGGAUGCCAUGAAGGGAGACAGAGCAGGAGUCCUGGCCGGCCAUGACAAUCGUGUGAGCUGUCUUGGUGUGACGGAUGACGGCAUGGCGGUGUCCACUGGGUCCUGGGAUAGCUUCCUUAAGAUCUGGAACUGAGCCAUGCACAUAAACCGCAAACACACACACACACACACACACACACACACACACACACACACACACACACACACACACACACACACACACACACACACACACACACACACACACACACACACACACACACACACACACACACACGUCCAACCACUCCCAUCUUGGGCCACAGUUUGCACCCUGUAUUCACUGUAUGUAAGAUUCAACAGACAAACUGCAACAUUGUACUGUACAUAAUAUAUAUGACUUAGGUUUGAGUUUACACACACACACACACACAUACACACACAUAUACACACACACAUAUACACACACACACACACUGUAUGCAGGACAUGACGACACAAGACCUGAACACAUGCCCACACUACCUACAGCAGAUUUAAGUUCACAGCAGCAAGGCUACAGUAACACACACACACACACACACACACACACACACACACACACACACACACACACACACACACACACACACGCAAACACACACAUAUGAUCUGUAAAAUGUAAAAAUGUGACCAAAUACAGUUGGAUCUUCAGCUGCUCAAAUAAAAACACAAAUGCCACUAUUACCUGAAGCCUUUUAACAUGUCUAACACGCUCAUUCACACACUCACACACUCACACACACACACACACACACACACACUUUUUCCUGAGAGACACUGCUCCUCGCAUUAAACAGGGGAGAAGACGUUAUUGGACAAUUCUGUCUUUGUUUACAAUGAAGUCCAAAAUGCACUUCAGACAAAUUUUUCUGUGCUAUUUUUGUCUCGGUACCACACGUAUCUCAGUGAUGCUAAUGUGAAGGAAGAACGGUUGUGGAAGAGAAUCAUGUGAGAGUUCAUUAAUACUGAAAAACAAAUAACCACUGACAGACAGGAUGUGCCGACGAUGGACAGAGUCCAAGGAAAAUAUCAACUCUUAUUUUCAUCUGGCUCAAAACAUCAUGUAGUCACUGUUUUUAUAGAUAUGUACCCCCACAUACAGUACAGUACAUCUGUUCUUAAGUUUUUGUUUUAUUCAGUUUUUUUACACUUAUUUUAUUCAUGUUCUCCCUGUGUGCCUCAGAUACACUUUAAGGAUUAUUAAUAGAGAAUAUUGAUAAAGUUUAAAUUAACAAAAAAAAAAAAUCAGAAGAUUCAGAAGGUGAGUGAAAAAUAAAAGCAUUAUAAGACACAUCUUAAUAAAGCAGGAGCCAGUAUUCAUACUUUGACUUUGUCAGUGUAUUAUCUGGACAUUACGAUGGUAUACUUGUACAUAAUAUUAAUAAAUAAUAAGUUCUCCUGCCA